UCACUACCCCUAUUGAGUAUUGAUAAAACCCACACAAAUUACAAAGUUACAACGACAAUUGCCAGCUUACUUUCAAUUCUAAACGUCUCCUUCUUCUUUUCUCUCUCCUAUUCACAUUCUCUACAUCUUCCCCUUUCUCUCUCCUACUUUUCCUUCCUCCAUUCUUCAACUUUUACCCUCUUUCCUUCUCUUCCUUGUACAAUUUGCUGCUCUGCUCUCCUCUUUUCUGGGAUAUAGCUUAUAGACUGUUAAUCCAUGGAAGUCGAAAUGCGGUAUGAUCAGAAAUGGAAAUCUAUCCCAGCUGCACCAAAAGAAGCCGAAAAUCUCAAUGGCUCUUUUGACUGCAAUAUCUGCUUGGAUUUUGCUAAUGAGCCUGUAGUCACCUUAUGUGGGCACCUAUACUGUUGGCCUUGUAUUUACAAGUGGUUUCAUGUUCAGAGUGCCUCUCUUUCAUCAGAUGAGUAUCCACAAUGCCCAGUUUGCAAGGCCGAAAUCUCUCACACAACCGUGGUUCCUCUAUAUGGCCGAGGUCAAUCCCUGAGCAACCCUGAGCUAGAGGCUAAGGCCUGUUCCCGGGAUAUGGGCAUACCUCCAAGACCACCAGCUUGUGGGACCCGUGCACUGCUAAAUGCAGCUGAACACCCCAAUCACCAGCUUCUCCCAUACCGAAAUCCUUAUCAACGACCCUAUGCUACAGGCUAUCUUGGGUCUGAAGAACCAAUUUCUUCCCCUUCAUUACUCAACCAAAGGAAUGAUAGAAUUGCAAAUGUCUUUCAACCUGCUGUUGAUGGUAUGUUCGGGGAGAUGGUCUAUGCAAGGAUGUUUGGCGACUCACAGAGCUUGCAUACAUUUCCAAAUUCAUAUAAUGUAGUAGGGGGCAGUAAUCCAAGGUUAAGAAGGCAAGAAAUGCAAGUUCACAAGUCCUUAAAUAGGGUUUCAAUCUUCCUUCUCUGUUGCUUCAUACUUUGCCUGGCUUUUUUCUGAUUAUUUGUACUUUUAGGCAGGCAGAUAAUUAUUUGUACCAUUUUGUAUAUAGCGGAAAUAGGUUAUUUGGCCAACAUGAUUCGUCGACAUUGCUUCAUAUACUAAUUACUAAGGGUGUUGAUUACUGUAAGAAAUAUCGAGGUUUCACUUUGUGGUCAUUUGUUCAAUGCAGCAAUAUCAAAUAUGCUACUCCUUAUAAGA